CACCAGUCUCCGUUACACCAUCGAACCGAAAACCUCGGGAGCGGCGAUGUGAACAUAAUCUGAAUCCCAUUCUACUCCGUUAAGUGUUGUUUGUACGGGUGUUGUGCGUGUGCGUGUGCUUGUGUGUGUGUGUGUGUGUGUGGUCCACACCUCGAAAAUGACCGACUUUUCAAUGAACGAUAUUUUGAGAUCAUUCAGAAAAAUGCGUAUGAACAAGGGCUCGGGCCAGGGCGGUCAGCACCACCAAUACCGCAAUCAUCAGCACCAACAGCAGCCUCCGCAAAAUAUGCAACACUACCAACACACCUAUCCCGUGCAACAGUCGAAGGACUUGAAGAAAAUCAUCAAAAUCAUCAAGAAGAACCUGAUCAAGGAGAAAAUCACGCGUCAAAUGAAAAUCCUUGUCUAAAAAUGUCAUGAGACGAGCUAAAUGAAUGAAUAAAUCUUAAGACUGCUGAUAUACAAAUCGAGGGACUGAUACUGAAAAACUGACACGAGUUCAGCGCUAAAGUCUGAUUUUGUAAACUCAAAUCAAUGAAUAAAUUUACAAGUAUACACAUUGAAUAAGAAAAGAUCUCUUCAAACUUAUAAACUAUAUUAUAAAUUAGACUUGCUUACAAUUGAAUGAUUUGACUUGAACAAUCAAAAAGUAUUAUUAGGAGGAAAACCUGUAUGGAGCAGUAGCAAGAUGACUGAAAGCAAGAAUGAUACAAAAUCUUGGGCACCCAAACAAAUUUGGAUUAAGGAUGUUCUCAAGAAAUCGGGCACGGAACUGCUCGAUAUAUCCAAGAGUCCCGCAAAGGCUGUUGCCGUCAAAAAAUCGCCGGCGAAAGAUUCAGCCACAACCAAAAUGGUUUACUAUUCCGCCAACCAGCUGCUUAUAAAAACGGAACAAUCUAGUCAGGCGCAGUUCUGCCUCCAGGUUCCGCCUCCACUAACAGCGACGACCACGAGCGUGGGCCUAGGAGUUCCGCCAUCCGGCGGCCAACAGGAGCACUUCGAGCUGCUGCAGACGCCGCAGCAGCGACAAAUGCAACUGCAGCUACAGGACCAGCACCAGCAGGAGCAGCAGCAGUUUGUCAGCUACCAACUGGCCAUCCAGCAGCAUCAGAAGCAGCAACAACAGCAGCAACAUGAAAGUAUUACGAACGCAGCACCCACAGCAGCUCCAUCAGCCCAGCGGAUCAAGACAGAGCCCGUCGGCGGAUUCCCAGCGUCGGCAGCCGUGGUGUCGCAGGUGCGCAAGCCCAGCGCCAGCAAACCGCAAUUCAAGUGCGACCAGUGUGGCAUGACCUUUGGCAGCAAGUCCGCCCACACCUCACACACCAAGUCGCACUCGAAGAACCAAGAUCUGUCGCUUAAUGGCGCCUCUGGAGCCGGCGUUGCUGCGCCCGUCUCAACCGCGGCCAUCGAGCUCAAUGAUGCCGGUCUGCCGGUGGGCAUUCCCAAGAGCCCCACCAUCAAGCCGCUGGCCAACGUGGCCGCCGGAGCAGAUCCCUAUCAGUGCAAUGUUUGCCAGAAAACAUUCGCCGUACCCGCCAGGCUGAUCCGCCACUACCGCACCCACACUGGUGAACGGCCAUUCGAGUGCGAGUUCUGCCACAAGCUGUUCAGCGUGAAGGAGAACCUCCAGGUGCACCGGCGCAUCCACACGAAGGAGCGUCCGUACAAGUGUGACGUCUGUGGACGGGCAUUCGAACACUCCGGGAAGCUGCACCGCCACAUGCGCAUUCACACCGGCGAGCGGCCACACAAGUGCUCCGUGUGCGAGAAGACAUUCAUCCAGUCCGGCCAGCUGGUGAUCCAUAUGCGCACGCACACCGGCGAGAAGCCGUACAAGUGCCCGGAGCCGGGAUGCGGCAAAGGUUUCACCUGCUCCAAGCAGCUCAAGGUGCACUCGCGAACGCACACGGGCGAGAAGCCCUACCACUGUGACAUCUGCUUCCGGGACUUUGGCUACAAUCAUGUGCUGAAACUGCAUCGCGUCCAGCACUACGGCUCCAAGUGCUACAAGUGCACCAUCUGCGACGAGACGUUCAAGAACAAGAAGGAGAUGGAGGCCCACAUCAAGGGCCAUGCCAACGAAGUACCCGACGACGAAGCGGAGGCGGCGGCUGCGUCGGCAGCAGCAUCAACGUCCGCAGGCUCCUCCGCCGGAUCGCCGUCCUUGCAAGGAGUCAGCAGCAACUCCGAGAGCAGCAACCACUCGCCGCCCAGCUCGCCACCGGCCACAAAGAAACCUCGCCAGGCUCGCCAGCCGCGCGUUUCCAAAACCGUUGCAGCCACCCUUUCCAUCCCUACCUCCUCGCCGCUCUCGCCCAGCUCACUCAGCUCCACAUACUCGCCAUCGGCCAGCAGCAUGGCCUCGCCACCACCCACAUCGGCCCACUACCUGCCCGUCCAGAUGGAGGCGGAUGCCUUGAGCCGGGACAGCGGCGUGUCCAGCGCCCAGCCCGCCCACAGCACCUAUGCAGACGAGGAGCCCACAGAUUUGAGCAUGCAACAGGUCCAGGGUCAGCUGCCAGAAAGCACUGUGGACUACUACCAGGCACCGCCAAGUCUACUCGAACUGCAGCCACAACCCGCUGGUCUAACCAUCAAUCCUGCCCUGCUUGAAGCGGCCAGCAUUGCGCGUCGCCAUGACGACAACGAUGACCAGGUGCAGGAUGAGGAUGUGCACGCAGCCGCCUGGCAAAUGAUGCAGUUGUGCCGCGGCCACGGCUCCUUACCCCCAACGGAGCAGCCGGCGCCAAGCCACCAGCCACAGGUGCCCACUCUGCACGUCAGCGAUCUAGCGGCUAACUACGAUGACACCCAUGAAGCCACCGUGCUGAUCGAGCACUUCAAGCGUGGUGAUCUCGCUCGCCACGGGCUGCACAAGGGCUAUGCACCAGUGCCCAAAUAUGAAUCCGCUCUACCCAAUCCGGACGUUGUGCGACGCGUGGAGGCGGCCAUCGGCCUGCGUUCCAGCACGGAGUCGCCGGAACGUAGCUCCUCGCCGGAGAGCGACUCCCUGAUGAUGGCCGACCGGAACGUGAUGACGCUGCCGUUGCGCAAGCGCAAGCACUACAUGAACAAGGGCGACGACGGUCAGGUGGAUUCGGAGAAGGCUAGCGGAGAUGGCACCUCCGCCGCCGGUGGUGCCGCUUCCGUUGGCGCCGGGGAUGGACCCGGGUCCAAGGUGAUGCGAAUGAGCUCGGUCAUUCAGUUCGCCAAGGCCUCCUAGGGGUCCAAGGCCGAUCCCCAAUCAGCAUUAAGACUGUCCAAACAAAUUCUAACUGAAAUUAGCCUAAGUUUUUUCUCUGAGGUUCGGGGUUAGGCCUGGAAAAAGAAAGCAUAGAAACGUAUGGAUAUGGCAGUGAGAUAGUUUUCCAGCAGCGAAAAUGAAAAUGCCAAAAGUAUUAAAAAAGGGAAAAAUUUGUUUUAAAAUUAAUAUUACCUCCUAUUACGUUUUAUUGGCUUGAUCCGAGUUUUGUUGAAUGUUUGAUUUGAAAAUAGUUUCACCCAUAUUGCAAAAUUUCAUUUUAGUUUGGCAUAUACAAUGUAGGUAUAGUUUGUUUUCCUGUGUUGUCCACUUAGUCAAAUUGCAGCAAUUGGCAUUAUGCGUAUUAAGCAUUAGCAUAUAACUAAGUUAAUUAUAUAUAAAAGAUCACUUAACGACGCCCAAACCCAAACCCAAACCCAAAUCCAAACCGUACACAAUAAUAAGUUACGCGCAUAACUACAUAUAUACACAUAUUAAUGAGAACGAAAAACCAUGGCCAUAUUGGCGCUUAAUAUUUAUAAAAUACAUAUAAUACUUAUUUAUUAUGAACUCUGCUCGCCAAACUUCUUCCUUCCCCUCCACGAUUAGUGUCAACGGCAUCUUUGACAUCAUGUACCCAUCAUUUUAUAUGCAUUUUAUACACUAAAUAAGGGAAAACUGAGGAAAAAGGAUCGGUAACUUUAAUUUUACACACGGAGAAUAUUGAACUGAUAAACAAGAAGAAAGCAAGCAUAACUACGUUUAUAUACAUUUUCAAACCAGAAGAUAACAAAUAUAAUUAAGAGCGUCAGCAUAGUUUUUGUAAACGCAGAGUUAAUACAUAGAUUUAAAUUCUAAAAUCAAAUAUUGCAUGAAAAAACGCAAAUGAAAUCUGAAAAUCAAUAAACAAGCGUGAAAUAAACC